CUUGCGACCGAAAUCAAAAUAUGGUAGGCGGACUUCUCAUGACCUAAAACGUGUGGAGUCACCCACAUGGAUCAGCAGCACACACACGUUUAAGGGCUGGAGUUGUAUAACUUGUUGUUGUUUGUAGAUUUUACCGCAAAUUGUACAUCCAUGCACGGACGCGCACACACUAAACAGACCCACAUGUGUGUUUUGAGACCAGUCUAAACAUUGUAGACACUUGACAUGUGAUUUCUGGAAUGAUGCUGUAGACUGAAGGUGGAUUAAGGUUUCCAUAAAAGAGGAUGGACACCGCUGAUCUUCUCAGAUAUUCACAGAGGAGAGGAACAGGGGAGAGUUUGGGGAACUUAAAUGGACAGAACGAGAGGAAAGAAGGAGCAUCUCGUUUGAAAAAGAGAACACUCAUUUAUUGGAUAAUUGAAACACGCCAUUCAACAUGCCCUCGUUAGCGCUGAAAUGCAUGCUGCUGUGUACGUUGACGGGUUGGACGGUGUGUGCCUGCAUGCUGAAGAAUCACACCUUAUGGAUUGAGAGGCAUGACUGUGCCCAGUGUGUGGCUGUGAACACUACUAUCUGCAGCGGCUACUGUUACACACAGGACACCAAUCUGAGGGGACGGUUCGGGAGGACUUUCCUGAUCCAGCGUAGCUGCGUGCCUCUCUCAUUGGUGUACCGACCCGCCCGCCUGCCGGGCUGCCCUCACGGUGUCGACCCACAGCUGUAUUAUCCCGCGGCGCGCCGGUGCAGCUGCAGGCGCUGUGACACGCGCACACACCACUGCGUCCGCACCAGCCGGAUCUCAAGUUACUACCGAUGCAGCACGGGCCUUAAAGGCAGCGUGGGGAGCCAGAAGCAGCCCCACGCUUUGGGAAACUGACAAUAAGCACUGUGCGUUUGACUGCUUGUUGUUACUGUAGUGCAUCUCCGCUGCUCCGCUGGUCAUGCUGUUUUCUCUAGUUUGUUGGGCAAGAUAUUGCAAUAAAACACUGUGUUAAGCAUGCGUUAGGCAACAGCUUUAUUGUGAAUUGUAUUGGCUGUGUACAUGAAUGAAAUGAGCUCAUGAUCAUUUUAUUUCCAUAUUAAAUAAAGUUUAAUUUCUGCGCCAACAGAACACCAAUAGUAUACUUACAUGUUAUACUUGUGCCUUUCUCACAGAAGAGUGAGAGUAGUGUGUGUGUGUGUGUGUGUGUGUGUGUGUGUGUGUGUGUGUGUUCACCUGUGUUUGAAGUCUGUGAAAAAAAGUUCUCCCCUCUGCAAUGGAACAACCUUGAGGAAAU